AGAGAAACAGCAUCCCAAGCGUUUUAGAGAGAGAGAGAGAGAGAGCGCGACAGAGAAGAUAAAAACUGAGUGUGAAUUUCUCAUUACUGGGAGAAACGGAGUGAUUGUUCAGUGGCAGAUUGGUACAAUCGAUGAGCGAGAGAGGGGAACCAGCACCGCCAUCGGAGAUGGUGGUGACGGAGCAACAAAUAGCGGAGGCGCUGGGCUCUCUCCUCCGCGACAUCAACGCAUUCACCACAUUGAACGGCGUCGUUCAGCAGCUCGAAUCGAAAUUAGGCGUCAAUUUGAACCACAGAACCGACUUCAUCCGUGGCCAGAUCCAACAGCAUUUCCUCCACAUGCAGGCCACCAAACCCCAGAAUUUCAUGCCCCACCACCAGGACCGUUUCCCCCACCUCCAACCCCCCAAUUUCCACGCCGCUCCCUCCCCCCAUCACCCACCCCCGAAUUUCAGCCCCCAUCACACCGCCGAGGGUUUCAUUUUCAGCACGCCGCGAACUCAAUUGCAAUUCUCGCAACCUCCGUUUCCGACUCCGACUCCGACGCCGCCGGUGGGUGUGAAAAACCGCGCUGCUGCCACAGUCGGCGCUUCCACCAAAGAGAGUGCUCCAAUUGUAAAAAAGAGGAGAGGUGGCCCAGGUGGCCUGAACAAACUGUGUGGUGUUUCUCCUUUGCUUCAACCCAUUGUGGGCCAGCCCACCUUGGCGAGGACUGAGAUUGUGAAACAGUUGUGGGCUUACAUAAGGAAAAACAACCUUCAAGAUCCAAACAAUAAAAGGAAGAUAAUUUGCAACGAUGAGCUUCGUUUGGUAUUUGAGACAGACUGUACAGACAUGUUUAAGAUGAACAAAUUGCUAGCUAAACAUAUAAUCGCACUUGAGCCUACAAAACCGAAAGCUCAAAGUGCUAAGAAACCAAAGGUUGAUGCAGUGGAAUCUGGAAGUAAAGUCGACGACCCUGUUCCCCAUGUGAUAAUAUCUGAAGCACUUGCCAGUUUCUUCGGAAUUGACGAGAGGGAGAUGUCGCAAGCAGAAGUAUUAAGACAGAUGUGGGAGUACAUAAAGGUCAAUCAUCUUGAGGAUCCUUCAAAUCCAACGGCUAUCAUUUGCGAUGCAAAACUACAAGAGCUUCUUGGGUGUGAAAAUAUUUCAGCACUGGGAAUACCGGAAAUGUUGGCACAACGUUGCUUAUAUAAGAAGCCAUGACCAAGCGGUCAAGCACUGACUGAUAAAUCCUGUUGACCAUAACUUAUUUCUGUUCUUGGACCAUCUCAGAAGUUUCUUGGUAAGAAGGUUCUAUCGGUUUCCGUUUUCGAUCAUUUAGCUAUCAAGUAAUGAAGUUGCUUAUUUCACCGGCGGCAGUUCCGAAGUUAUCAUUAUCUGUAGUAACUAUGGGUUUCCGUUAAGGUUAAGACAUAUAUUCGUUGUAACUUCCCAAACACUGUAAAUAUAAUGAAGGUAGGAGAAUAGAUGUAAAAGCAGGAUAUAUAUUUUACUACUGCUAUGCUUUUUGUAGAAUGAUUAUCAGGCUUUAGAUCAUAGAUUGAUAUAUGUAUGAUGAUAUCUAUUUUUAGGCUGCCUGAUUCAGUUUAUAUUCCUGCUUAUUGAAGUAUAAUGAACUAUGGUCCUAGUAUUGAUUAAUUCAAAAGUUAACCGAACUUAUCCUGUGA